AGAUAUACUAAUUGCCAAUUGUUUUUUUUACAUACAUAUAUACAGAAGCAUUUAACCUGUAUAGCUCUCGACAAUUGACUUAUACCUUCAAUUAAUUAGUGCCAAAAACCUUUUAUAUUUUUACCACGCAAUAAUAUAAUUAAUUCUAACAAUGGCAACAAAAACAUCAACUAAUAAUUUAGCCACCAAUGGCUUUGAUGAUGAAAGUGUAAAAAUUGUAUCAGCCGGGGCAAAUGGAAAUGAAUUGCAGGAUGGCUUGUCAUGUCACGAACUAUUCGUCAAUAGUGAUGGUUUAACAUACAAUGACUUUCUUAUCCUGCCAGGCUAUAUCGAUUUUGCCGCUGAGGAAGUAGAUCUCAGUUCACCAUUAACAAAGAAAAUUACGUUGCGUGCGCCACUUGUUUCAUCGCCUAUGGACACUGUUACUGAGUCGGACAUGGCCAUAGCAAUGGCGCUUUGUGGUGGUAUCGGCAUCAUUCAUCACAAUUGUACGCCAGAAUAUCAAGCAAAUGAAGUACACAAAGUGAAGAAGUACAAACAUGGCUUUAUACGUGAUCCCUCCGUUAUGUCGCCUGAGAAUACCGUGGGUGAUGUGUUGGAGGCACGUCGCAAAAAUGGUUUUACCGGUUAUCCCAUCACUGCAAAUGGUAAACUGGGUGGACGUUUGCUGGGUAUUGUAACAUCACGCGAUAUUGAUUUUCGUGAAAAUCAGCCUGAAAUCAAAUUGGGCACAAUAAUGACCACCGAAUUAAUUACGGCACCGAAUGGCAUAACACUGCCCAUGGCUAAUGCCAUUUUAGAGAAAAGUAAGAAAGGCAAAUUGCCAAUCGUUAAUGAGAAUGGCGAGCUUGUUGCAUUAAUUGCACGUACCGAUUUGAAGAAGGCACGUUCAUAUCCGAAUGCUUCAAAGGAUAGUAACAAGCAAUUAUUGGUAGGCGCUGCAAUUGGUACACGACCAGAAGAUAAGGAGCGCCUUAAAUUGUUGGUAGAGAAUGGUGUUGAUGUUAUAGUUUUGGAUUCAUCGCAAGGCAAUUCAAUAUACCAAAUUGAAAUGAUUAAAUUUAUUAAAAAUACAUAUACAGAGCUUCAAGUAAUUGGCGGCAAUGUGGUGACACGUGCUCAGGCAAAGAAUUUAAUCGAUGCUGGUGUAGAUGGUUUGCGUGUGGGCAUGGGUUCCGGUUCGAUAUGUAUAACACAAGAGGUUAUGGCAUGUGGUUGUCCUCAGGCAACUGCUGUCUAUCAAGUUUCCACAUACUCCAAACAAUUCGGCGUGCCCGUUAUUGCCGAUGGUGGCAUACAAUCGAUUGGACACAUUGUCAAAGCUUUAUCUUUGGGCGCUAGUGCCGUUAUGAUGGGUUCACUCUUGGCUGGCACAUCUGAAGCGCCAGGUGAUUAUUUCUUUUCAGAUGGUGUACGUUUAAAGAAAUAUCGCGGUAUGGGCUCAUUGGAGGCGAUGGAACGGCGUGAUGCAAAAGGCGCUGCAAUGUCACGUUAUUAUCAUACGGAAAUGGAUCGCACCAAGGUGGCACAGGGCGUGAGUGGUAGCAUCGUUGAUAAGGGUUCAGUUUUACGUUACCUACCAUAUUUGGAAUGUGGUCUGCAGCACAGCUGCCAAGAUAUUGGCGCACGCACAGUUAGUGAAUUGAGAGCUAUGAUUUACAAUGGCAAGUUGCGUUUCAUGAAGCGCACACAUUCCGCACAGUUGGAGGGUAAUGUACAUGGUUUAUUUUCCUAUGAGAAACGUCUCUUCUAACAGCCAGCUAUAACUGGUACACGUACUGAUAAAGCGUUAAUUGCAAAUAAUGCGCGCAGUGGUGGCAUAACGGCAUAUAUGCAACGUAAUGGAACGUUUGAAGGCGGUACAGCGGUUGCGCUUAAUACAUUUAAUAGAGCUACAGACAUGGGAAGAGAGCAGCGACGUUAGUAACAAUAUCUAUAUGUAUAUAUCUAUAUACUUAUAUAACUUAUAUUAAAAAUAAUAUAUAUACAUACUAUAUUAAAAACUAAUGCAUUAAAUUACGUCAAGUACCUAGAAAGAAAAGUAAAUUUCAAUUAUAAAUAUAUUUGCACGUAUGUACGUCGCUAGAAAAAUUAGCUUCUUGCUUGCUUCAGUACUUAAUUAGAGUUGAAAAAAAAAAAACAACAACAAAAAAUUAGUAGUUAUUGUUAUAAGAUAUAAUUUUACAAAUGUCAAGUCUGUGCUUUUGUUUUGAUUUUAAUGCAAGCUUUUGAUAUGAAAAAAAUGUUGAAAUUGGUUAGAGCCAACUUAUUUGUCUAUUGUAUGUAAAGUAUGCACACAUUAUUUAUUUAAUAAGAUAUAUUAUUUAUAAAUAUUCGGUUUAAUUGUAGAACAUUUUUUUUUAUUAAGUUCAUACGUAAAUGCAGGUUAUGCACGUUAAAAAAAAACGCCUAGAAAUUGUUAAAAAAAA